AUGAGCCGUCGCGUGGACUAUACGGAUGGGAAACAACUACCGAAGGAUAUGCAAAAAUAUUGGUAUCAACGGUACCGUUAUUUCCGAUUGUUUGAUCAAGGGAUCAGGAUGGAUAAGGAAGGAUGGUACUCUGUGACGCCGGAGAAGAUUGCGGCCCACAUUGCACAACGGUGCGCAUGUGAUGUGGUUAUUGAUGCCUUCUGUGGUGUUGGUGGGAAUGCGAUUCAAUUUGCGAUGACGUGCCAUCGAGUGAUUGCGAUUGAUAUUGACCCUGUUCGAUUGAUGUGUGCAAAACAUAAUGCCAAAAUCUAUGGUGUCGAGGAUAGGAUAGAAUUCAUAUGCGGUGACUAUAUGACCCUCAUUCCAAGGCUAAAAGCAGACGUAGUUUUUUUGAGUCCACCAUGGGGAGGCCCUGGAUAUUUGACUCAGGAUGAAUUUGAUAUUAAGCGGGACAUUCCUAUGGAUGGAGAGUUUCUUUUUAACGAGACCUGCAAGAUCACCAAAAACAUUGCCUAUUUCUUGCCCAGGAAUUCCAAUCCGGAACAAAUUGGACGGCUUGCAGGAUCAGGGCCAGAGAAUACCUGCGAAAUUGAGAAGAAUGUGCUGAAUCAUGUUUGUAAAGCAUGGACAGCAUAUUUUGGUGAUCUGGUAGCGGUCCCAGAAAGAGUAAAUGGAAAAGAGGAGGAAGCUGGCGGAGCACAAGUAGAAGGAGAAGAAGAUCAAUACUUUGAUGGAGGAGAGAAAGAAAGGCAAGAUCAAUGCUUUGAGGGAAGAGAAGAGGGGUAUGAAUACGGCUACGAAAAUGGCGGAUACUAUCUUGAGCAUGAUUAA